CCGGAGCCACGUCGUGUCGACGUGGUGAUACUUGGGGGUGGUCCAGCGGGACUCGCCACGGCCCUGGCGCUUCGACGCGUGCUUGGGCCAGCAGUGACCAUCGCGGUGCGUGCGUGCUUGCCCAUGAUGGUAGUAAUACGUUUUCCUGAGUGACUUGCAAGCGCUGUUGUCAUGAGCUGGAGCUCGCUGACCACGCACGCUACCUACGGUUUCGCCCCACGGGCUUUGCAAGCGAGGUGUUUGGCGAUUGUGCGCGCUGCAGGUGUUUGAAAGCCGCCUUCCCGGGGAUACAGGCUCCGGUAUAGAGAUGUCCACGAACGGCCUGAGGGCGCUAGAAGCCAUCAGCCCAAAGCUCCUGCACAGCUUCUACGAGGCUGGAGACUACCAGCUGGCUUUUAACCACCACCACGAGGAGACGGGCGAGCUGGUCAAGUCCUUUGACAUGCAGCCCAUGUGCGCGGCGCAGCGUGCAGCGGGCGCGCUGCCGCCGCUUAAAAUGCGCUGGUGGUACAUCACGCGCGCUUUGGAAGAGGCGCUGCCAGAAGGCAUGCUGCACUUCGGUCACAAGCUGGUGGAGUGCGUUGACCUGAUGGGGCCUCAGGGCCAAGCCGCGUCGUCGGCUGUCGGGGCUGCAGGAUCAGGGGCAGCCGAGAGCAACUCGGCCACCUACCGCUACGAGCUUUCCUUCCGCCACAGCGGUCCCGGCGCUACGGCGUCCAGCGCCGCAGAAGGCACCGAGGCCGGCAUGACCACCGCUACCACCACUGUGGUAGCCAAGUGGCUGAUAGGCGCCGACGGCGGCUUCAGCCGCGUCCGGCGAACAGUGCGUAAGGGCGCGAUGAAUGGGCUAUUAUUCAUGUGGGUCGGGCUGGAGGUGGCGGCGGUGGGCGACGGCCGGGCGCCCGCCUUCCUGGGCACCUUCAGCUGGUGGGGCAGCGCCACCGAGUCCCAGCUGGCGGCGGCGGGCGCGGACUGGCCGCUGCCGCUGCGAGGGCCGCCGCAGCCGCUCACACGCAACGCCACCUACAUGCCGCCCGCCAAUCGGCUCAGCACCACCGGCUCACGCAACCUGCUCACGUUCCGGAAUCCACCUUGUGACCUGAGGGCCACUCGUGACGGCGGGGAGGGCUGCCGGGAGGAUGUGGCGCUGUGGUACAUGGAGGCGCAGGCCGAGGCUAUGGAAGCGGAGGGUGUUGACGCUUCGCCGGAAGGUCCCCUUCUGCGCCAUGCGGCUGAUGACGGUGGGGCCGUGGCUCUGGCUCGCGCCCUCCGCAUGGCCUCGCACCUGCCGCCCGACGUGCGCGCCUUCAUGGCCGCCACGCCGCCACACCGCGUGCUGGAGAAGGCGCUGCACUGCCACCCGCUGGAUCAGCAGCAGCACGCGAGCUGGACCAAUGGCCGCGGGAUGGUGCUGGUGGGUGACGCAGUGCACACAAGCGGGCGGCCAGACGGACAGGGCGGCAACCUCGCGUUUGAGGACGCGGCGGAGCUGGCGGCGCACGUGCGGCGACACGGGCUGGGCCAGCAGGCGUUCGAUGCCUUCGCAGCAGCCCGCCUGCCGCGCGUCACGGCCAUCCGGGGCGACUGCAAGCCGCCAUUUGCGGUGCGCAAGGCGCUGGUGGACGGGUCGGCCUUCGAGCCGCUGUGGGGGCCGCAGGACCUGCCGUCGGCGCAGGAGCUGGAGGAGCUGGGGUUGGAGCCCGAGCGCCCGGGGCCAGCGGGGGAGAGCAGCGGCCACAGUAGCAGCAGCGCGGGCACGGUCAGCGAGGAGCAGAGGCAGAGGGUGCUGGCCUGGUCGUUGCGGCGGUGCUGGCAGAUCGCAGACCGGCGCACGGGCGGGCUGCUGGGAGCGCCGCCGGCAGCUGGUGCCGCCUUGGUGCCGCAGCAGGCGCAGCAAGAAGGGCAGGUGGCUGCAGCGUCAGUGCGUGCGUGAGCUGUCAAGUGAUAUGGUGUGUUACGUUCAUGAUCAGGGGUGCCCUGUUCAUGAUAGGAGAGUGCGCUAUCGGAAUCACUCAAGCUACUACUAGGGGCGCGCAGGCGAGCAUUCGUGAGCACACCCAGGUCAGCGAUGGAGGCGGUGCGCCGGUGCGGCGCGCGCGCCAUGUUGGUUCGAGUGCGGCAAGGGACCAAGCGUGCAUGUACGGUAUAGGGGCUGGCCUGGCUGCUCAGGGUUCCGAUGAUGCUGGCACUGCUUCUGUACAGAGC